CCGCAGCGGCUGCGUCGUCUCCGUCUCCUCUCCUUGCUUAUAAACGCUCGCGCACGAGCCUCUCUCUCUCUAGCUCUCGCUCUCGCAGCUCAACCACUAGCAGCAGCGGCAGGAAGGCGAGAGGAGGAAUCGGAGGUAGCUGGACGGCGGCGAGGCGACGACGAGCCGGGGUGGUGCAGCAAGAACGGCGCGGCGAGCGGCGGGGAGGAGAGAUUGGAUCGACGCCGGGUAGUUAGGAAGGGAGCUUGGAGAGAUGGCGGCUUCCGCGAGGCCCGUCGGCGUCGGCGGGGAGAGGGCGACGAGCUUCGCCAUGGCGUGCAGCCUGCUCAGCCGCUACGUCCGCCAGAACGGCGCCGCCGCCGCCGAGCUCGGCCUCGGCAUCAGAGGUGAGGGUGAGGCUCCGAGGGCGGCGCCGGCGACGAUGAGCUUGCUGCCCGGGGAGGCGGAGAGGAAGAAGGAGACCAUGGAGCUCUUCCCGCAGAGCGCCGGCUUUGGCCAGCAGGAUGCCAUCACCGCCGAUUCUGCUGCUGAUGCUAGGGAACAAGAGCCUGAGAAGCGUCAGCUGACCAUCUUCUAUGGUGGGAAGGUGCUCGUGUUCAACGACUUCCCAGCCGACAAGGCAAAGGGCUUGAUGCAGCUGGCUAGCAAGGGCAGCCCGGUGGCUCCUCAGAAUGCCGCGGCACCUGCACCAGCAGCUGUUACAGACAACACCAAGGCCCCUAUGGCCGUGCCGGCCCCGGUCAGUAGCUUGCCUACAGCUCAGGCCGAUGCUCAGAAGCCUGCUCGCGCGAAUGCUUCUGAUAUGCCUAUUGCUAGGAAGGCAUCACUCCACAGGUUCCUUGAGAAGAGAAAGGAUCGUCUUAAUGCAAAGACGCCAUACCAGGCUUCUCCUUCAGAUGCAACCCCAGUCAAGAAGGAGCCUGAGAGCCAGCCAUGGCUCGGACUAGGGCCGAACGCCGUCGUGAAGCCCAUAGAACGCGGCCAAUGAGGUUGCAUGGAAACUUCACCAAAGCUCUUCAAAAAUAUAUGAAAUGCGCUUGCCGUUAGAGUACCAAAUCAUAUAUGUUCUCUCAUACCCCAUGUUUUAGUGUUUUUUCUUUAGUUCGUGCUUCUAUGUUGUUCACUUGUCACAUAGUUCUGAAUGUAAAGGAAAAAGGUAGUAGCAUUGACGACCAGUGCCGAGAGCCUGAGAGAAGUUUUGGCAUGUUAACACAUGGUGACUCUGAAAAUGGCCAUGCUAAGGUAAAAAGUUAUUGCAAAGGAAACAUAUAUGUAUCUUCUGAAAUUCUGAUCAUCUGGCUUUGUCCUUGGCUCUAGCCUUGCUCUAUGCAAAGCAAAGUGAUUGUAAUGGAUUCAGAAUAUAAUUCAUAUUCCUAUUGUUGAUUUCUGUUA